AUGGUUAAAAUUACACAUUGUAUAUUUGACAUGGAUGGAUUGUUGUUAGAUACAGAACGUAUCUAUAGUGAAGUUGCAACUGAAAUGCUUUCUCGUUACAAUCAACCUUAUACUUGGAAACUUAAAUCACAAAUAAUGGGUCUUAAAGAAUAUGAUGCAGUUUCAUUAAUAAUCAAAGAAACUGGGAUUGAUAUGAGUAUAGAAGAUUUCUUGAAAGAACGAAACCAAAAACAGAUUGAAAAAUUUCCAUCUGCAAAACCAUUACCAGGAAGGCUUGUAAAACAUUUAAAAAGCAAUAAUAUACCAAUCGUGGUAGCAACAAGUUCUCAUAAGUACAAUUUUGAAAUAAAAGCUAAAAAUAAUCAAGAAUUGUUUUCAUUGUUUGAUAGCAUAACUUGUGGUGAUGAUCCAUUAAUAAAGCAUGGUAAACCAUCACCUGAUUUAUUCUUAUUAGCAUGUGAACGAUUAGGCAAUCCACCUGUAGAAAAUUGUUUAGUAUUUGAAGAUGCUAUCAAUGGUGUUAAAGCUGCUUUAAAUGCAGGGAUGCAUAGAGAUGAAUCUGCUGUUGUUUCAAGGAAAAAAGUAAUAGAAAACAUCAUAGUAAAGGGGUUUAAAUUUCUUUUCACCUUUAAUAAUAUAUUUAAAGAAACAUUUGUAAGUUAUGAUCCAGGACAUAAAGGAGGAAGUGGUGGACAAGGAGGGGAAGGAGGCUUUGAAGGGAAACCUGGCUUUGUAGUCAUUGAUAGUCCAUUUCAAUUAUCUGGAACUCCGGCUAUUUCUAAAGUAGAGAGUAAGAAAGGUGUAAAUGGAACAGGAGGGAAACCAGGAAAAGGUGGAAAAAAUGUAAAAUAUUGUGGGGUAUACAUUAAUGAAAUGGUAAUUCCUGAGAUUAGAGGGUAUAAUGAAUUUGCAGAAGGUAGUAAGGUAGCAAUGCAAGAGGUAUCUAAAGGCACUCUUAAGAUUGUUUCUCAAGAGGCAGCUGAAAAAAUAACAAAAGAAGGAGGCGAAGUUGUAGUAAAAAAUUUUUUAAAAAUAGGUGCUACUGAAUCAGGUAAACAUGUUGUAAAAGUUGGUGCUUCUACUGGUGCUUCUCUGAUCAAAGGUAUGGGCAUAGGCUUAAUAAUCCAAGCAGCAGCAUCUCUGUUAAGUGCACGUAUAUCAAGUGGUUGGAAAGAAAAGGUACACAAAGUAAAUUGUGAAUAUGAAUAUGCUCCUAAUGGAGAUUCACCCAACUCAUUUAAUGACCAAGGUAUUCAAAGACCUACUGAUCAUCUUGAACUUUCCAUAAACAAAGAGAAAAAUGAUUGUUAUAAUAAAUUUUAUACACAGAGAAAAAAUGAUCAUCUUCUUCCUGAUGGACGUGGUGGUGCAAAAGGUUUAGCUAUUACAUUUUUCACAAUGGAUAAUGCCAGACAGGCCAAAGAUUUGGUAAAUAUACUAAGAGAAGCCAAUCAAGAACAUUCAAGAUAUGGUAAUAUUGUUGGGCGUGCAUAUGGGGCAAAUAAUCCUAAUAUUAAUCAUACGCCACUUAAUUUAUCAACUAGUUCUUUAGGGGAACAGGAUGACCAAGAAAAUUUCAGUCUAACUCAAAAAAAAAUACUUGGUUCUUUAUCUUCCCCUGAAAGUCAAAUUGUUUUUUUCAAUGCACCUACAGGAGAAGGUCUUAUUUCUGGUGAGGGUAGAUCUCAAAUCUUGGAAGGUAUAAAAAAGAUUUCUUAUUUGGAAAAACCAGAACCUAGUAUUUCUAUUCCAGCUGAAUCAAAAUAUCUUAUCAAAAAUUUAGCAGAUAAACUUAACAAUGACAUAGAAAAUUUUAUAAAACAUAAAUUUUAUCCAGGAAUUCUUGGUAAAUUAAUAGAUAAUCAUUCAGGCACAGUUAAAGAAUUGAGAGAGUCUCAGUCUUUAAAGUACUUUUGUGAUCAAUUGAACAAAAUAUCUAAUGAACCACAACAAUUUGAAAAUAAUCUUUGUCAAAUUUCCUCAAUCACUAAACUCUUCCAAAGAAAAGAACUUGAAGAGGAAUUUGAUAAAAAAAUUUUACAAUUAAAAUUCAUUAAGCUUAUUAAACCAGAAUCACUUGAAAUUAAAGACAAUACUAGUAUGCUAACAUCACCUGAAAAAUAUCAACAAGGACACAAGUUAAUUUUCAAAGGCCUAAUUGUUGGAGCUGAGGAUAUUAAUGAUGCUAUGAAAGGUCAAGAACUAUCUGAAGUAAAUGUGUAUAGCUUGAAUAGUUUAUUUAUUGAUGAAGAUAUAAUUGCACCAGGAGUUAAUUUGACAUUAAUGUCUCCCAAUUGGUAUGUUGUAGGCAAAAGAAAAAUUAGUUUAAAAGGUAAACCUGGCACUUGGCACCAACUAAGUAAAGCAGUUGAUGGAAUUGAUGAAAUCAAUGGAAAUAAAGAACUGAUUGAUCAAAACGAUGAAAAUAGUGAACCAAUUGAUGAAAACGAUGGAAAUAGUGAACCAAUCGAUGAAAGAGGUGGAGAAGAUGGAUUACCUGGGUUGCCUGGAUUGCCUGGUAAAAAUGGAGGGGAUUUCUAUGCCAAAGGAAAAAAAUUUUUCAAUCUUUCUUCCUUAACUAUUGAUGUUAGUGGUGGAGAUGGUGGACAAGGUCAAGAUGGUGGUAAUGGUGGCAAUGGACUGGAUGAAACAUUUGUAAGUUAUGAUCCAGGACAUAAAGGAGGAAGUGGUGGACAAGGAGGGGAAGGAGGCUUUGAAGGGAAACCUGGCUUUGUAGUCAUUGAUAGUCCAUUUCAAUUAUCUGGAACUCCGGCUAUUUCUAAAGUAGAGAGUAAGAAAGGUGUAAAUGGAACAGGAGGGAAACCAGGAAAAGGUGGAAAAAAUGUAAAAUAUUGUGGGGUAUACAUUAAUGAAAUGGUAAUUCCUGAGAUUAGAGGGUAUAAUGAAUUUGCAGAAGGUAGUAAGGUAGCAAUGCAAGAGGUAUCUAAAGGCACUCUUAAGAUUGUUUCUCAAGAGGCAGCUGAAAAAAUAACAAAAGAAGGAGGCGAAGUUGUAGUAAAAAAUUUUUUAAAAAUAGGUGCUACUGAAUCAGGUAAACAUGUUGUAAAAGUUGGUGCUUCUACUGGUGCUUCUCUGAUCAAAGGUAUGGGCAUAGGCUUAAUAAUCCAAGCAGCAGCAUCUCUGUUAAGUGCACGUAUAUCAAGUGGUUGGAAAGAAAAGGUACACAAAGUAAAUUGUGAAUAUGAAUAUGCUCCUAAUGGAGAUUCACCCAACUCAUUUAAUGACCAAGGUAUUCAAAGACCUACUGAUCAUCUUGAACUUUCCAUAAACAAAGAGAAAAAUGAUUGUUAUAAUAAAUUUUAUACACAGAGAAAAAAUGAUCAUCUUCUUCCUGAUGCUGAAUCAAAAUAUCUUAUCAAAAAUUUAGCAGAUAAACUUAACAAUGACAUAGAAAAUUUUAUAAAACAUAAAUUUUAUCCAGGAAUUCUUGGUAAAUUAAUAGAUAAUCAUUCAGGCACAGUUAAAGAAUUGAGAGAGUCUCAGUCUUUAAAGUACUUUUGUGAUCAAUUGAACAAAAUAUCUAAUGAACCACAACCAUUUGAAAAUAAUCUUUGUCAAAUUUCCUCAAUCACUAAACUCUUCCAAAGAAAAGAACUUGAAGAGGAAUUUGAUAAAAAAAUUUUACAAUUAAAAUUCAUUAAGCUUAUUAAACCAGAAUCACUUGAAAUUAAAGACAAUACUACUGAGGAUAUUAAUGAUGCUAUGAAAGGUCAAGAACUAUCUGAAGUAAAUGUGUAUAGCUUGAAUAGUUUAUUUAUUGAUGAAGAUAUAAUUGCACCAGGAGUUAAUUUGACAUUAAUGUCUCCCAAUUGGUAUGUUGUAGGCAAAAGAAAAAUUAGUUUAAAAGGUAAACCUGGCACUUGGCACCAACUAAGUAAAGCAGUUGAUGGAAUUGAUGAAAUCAAUGGAAAUAAAGAACUGAUUGAUCAAAACGAUGAAAAUAGUGAACCAAUUGAUGAAAACGAUGGAAAUAGUGAACCAAUCGAUGAAAGAGGUGGAGAAGAUGGAUUACCUGGGUUGCCUGGAUUGCCUGGCACAGUUAAAGAAUUGAGAGAGUCUCAGUCUUUAAAGUACUUUUGUGAUCAAUUGAACAAAAUAUCUAAUGAACCACAACAAUUUGAAAAUAAUCUUUGUCAAAUUUCCUCAAUCACUAAACUCUUCCAAAGAAAAGAACUUGAAGAGGAAUUUGAUAAAAAAAUUUUUCAAUUAGAAUUCAUUAAGCUAAUUAAACCAGAAUCACUUAAAAUUAAAGGUAAUACUAGCAGCUGGUAUCAUUCUAUUAUAUAUAAAUCUAUUCAGGACAUAGAUACGUUAAAGACUCCACCUGAAAAAGAUCAACAAGGAAAAGUGUUAACUUUCAAAGGCCUAAUUAUUGGAGCUGAGGAUAUUAAUGCUGCUAUGGAAGAUAAAGAACUAUCUGAAGUAAAUGUGUACAGCUUGAACAGUUUAUUUAUUGAUGAAGAUAUAAUUGCACCAGGAGUUAAUUUGACAUUAAUGUCUCCCAAAUGGCAUGUUGUAGGCAAAAGAAAAAUUAGUUUAAAAGGUAAACCUGGCACUUGGCACCAACCAAAACAAAUUGAUGAAAACGAUGGAAAUAGUGAAAAAAUUGAUGAAAACGAUGGAAAUAGUGAACAAAUUGAUGAAAGAGAUGAAAAUAGUGAACAAAUUCAUGGAAGAGAUGGAUUGCCUGGGUUGCCUGGUUAUAAUGGAGGGCAUUUUUAUGCCAAAGGAAAAAAAUUUUUCAAUCUUUCUUCCUUAACUAUUGAUGUUAGUGGUGGAGAUGGUGGACAAGGUCAAGAUGGUGAGCUUCCAGGUUCAAACUUCUAG